AUGCCGAAGUACAAGACGCUGACGCUGCGGGAGAAGGUGUCCUUAAUCGAGGAGGCUGAGAAGUCGACGUGCACUAAGACCCAACUCGCCGAAGAGCACAAGAUGCCCCUGUCGACGCUCUCGACCAUCUUGAAGAACAAAGAAAAGUUGCUCGAGGCAUAUGGGAAAACGCAUUCGUCAAAGAGAUCAAGGAUUUGCUUCCCAACGUACCCGGACGUUGAGGUCGCAUUGAUGAAGUGGCUGCAGCAUGCAAACGCAGCUCAUCUUCCCAUGAACGGCACCAUCAUUCGAGAGAAGGCCGAUGCCCUGGCACUGCGCCUUGGCCACGAAGGCUUCAAGUGCAGUAAUGGUUGGUUCGCCCGAUUUAAAGAGCGAAAUAACCUUACAUACUUGACCGUGUGCGGGGAAAGCGGUAGCGCCGACACGAACGUCGUUGACGACUGGCAGAUGCGUACGCUGGCACCGCUGCUUCAGGAGUUUGGAGAGGACGACGUCUACAACUUGGAUGAGGCAGCCUUGUUCUACAAGAUGCUUCCCACGAAAACAUUUGCUGCCAAGGACACCACUGUCUCGGGGAGAAAGCAGCCCAAGGAGAGAAUAUCCAUUUUGUUCGGCGCGAACAUGUCCAGGAACGACAAGCUUCCACUGCUCGUAAUCGGCCGAGCGGGUAAGCCUAGGUGCUUUAAGAAUGCGCGCCUUCCGAGGGAUGUCGUCAUGUACAGACACAACAAGAAGGCCUGGAUGACGGCGGCGAUAUUCGAGGAAUAUGUGCGGUUCCUUGACCGGAAGUUUGCCGCCAAAGGGUGGAAAGUGCUCUUUGUUAUCGAUAAUUGUCCGGCCCACGGGGACAUCAGAAACCUGGAAGACGUCAAGAUCGUCUUCCUCCCUGCAAAUACUACGGCCAUAUCGCAGCCGAUUGACCAAGGGGUGAUCCUGCAAACGAGGAAGGUUUACCGCCACCACCUGAUGAAGCGGGUUCUGCUUUGCUACGACAGUGGAAAGCAAUACCACAUCGAUCUGCUUGGUGCGAUCUGUUUAAUUGCCUUUGCCUGGAAGGAGUUGGAGUCAAAGGUGAUCAGGCGCUGCUUUGAACAUGCCGGGUUCCACAAACAAGGUGGCGAAGAUCUUGAUGAAGAUUGCAGCUCGUCCGGCCUAGACGACGAGGGAGACUCGAUGUGCGCCCGGAUCACCGACUCCGGCGACGGCGAAGGACUAGGCUUCGUGGAGUAUUCCAGUGUUGAGGCGGGGGUCCAAACAUCGUACGCUGAUGUACACAAGGACGUCGUCGACACUGGGCUAGACGGCGAUGAUGGUGACGAUAACGAGCCCGCCCGCGCGCCCGCUUUGGUUUCAGUUGUCGAUGCUGUGAACACCUUCCGGAGCUUUGUCGAGUGCAGCGGUGGUGACAGUGAAAUGCUGAGUAUUGUGAGCAGGUUUGAGAACAUGGCACUUGGGGCGGCGAACUACCGCAACAAGCAGUCCAAUAUCACCAAUUAUUUCAAAUAA